AUGGCUGAAAUUGAAAAGGGUAUGAGAGAGGGUAUUCCUCGGAUUGAAUUCACUUCUGAAACUGAUACAAAUGGUACCCUGAAUGUCAAGGCAUAAGACAAGGGCACUCACAGAUCUGAGAAGAUCAUCAUCAAUAAUGACAAGGUGUUCAUAGUCAAUGAGGCAGAGUUAGCUGAUGAGGAACAGAAGGUGAAGGAGAGCAUUGGUGGCUAUGAUACCCUGAAAAAGUUUAUCUACAACUUGAAAAACCAGAUCAACGAAAAGAACAUGCUUGCUGAAAUGCAUAAGCAUGAUGAGAAGGACCAGCUUGAGACUUCUGUGAAGAAAACACUAUGGAUGAAGGACAACUAGACGGCUGAGAAGGUGGACUAUGAGGAGAAGCUCAUGGAGGUUGAAACAGUCUGUUUACCAGAGGUCAGAUGA